AUGAAACCAAGAUCGAAAUCAAAGACUUGGGCAAACGACGACUUGACAGCCUCGGAAAACCAGGAAAGUAAGAAUGGAAAGAAUAUUAAGGAAAUUAUUAAAGCACAGGAAGGUUCGGAUGAUGAGCUUUAUCAGGAUAUGCCAACAAAAUCAAAUGAUGCUGGGAAAGUUUUAAGCUCGGAUGAUGAGGAUAGCUCUGAUAAGUCAGAUGAAGGCGAUGAGAAAUUAAAAAAUGCCAAGAGUUCCGUAUCCGACACCGAUUGGCUCAAAUCAAGAAUGAGAAGAAAGUUGGAUUGGGUUGCGGACGAUGAAGAAGAUGAGGAGAAUUCUUUGUCCGAAGGUGAAUCCAGUAAUGUUGGAAACAUUAGAAAAAAGAGAAAGGUCGAGUUCGCAGAUGAUGUCGAAAUUAAUGACUCCAAUAACCAACAAAGUCUCAAGGACAAAGAUUCAAUGAUGCAAGACGAGAAUCCUCAUAAUGAGCGUGGCAAUACUGUUGAUGAGUUGCCACCGGAAGAAUCUAUUGGUGAAACUGGUCGCUUGUUUGUUCGUAAUUUACCUUACAUAUGUACAGAAGAGGAUUUGCGGAAAGAAUUUAACAAGUUUGGACCACUCGCUGAAGUUCACAUGCCACUCGACAAGGAAACCAAGAAGCAGAAGGGGUUCGCUUACGUUCUAUACCACAUUCCCGAACACGCUGUGAAGGCAUAUAUUGAACUCGACAAUAAAUUUUUCAUGGGACGAUUGCUACAUAUCUUACCUUCGAAAGAAAAGCCCCAGCCACAAAAUCAAGAUCAAAGCAAGUGGAGCUUAAAGAAGAAAAAGGAAAUGAAGUUAAAGAGUCAGGCGACGAAUGACUUUAACUGGAAUACGCUUUACAUGAAUAGCGACACCAUUGCCGAAUCGAUCGCGCAUCGGUUCAACAUUAAAAAAUCGGAUAUCCUUGACCCAGAGUCCGACAAUUUGGCCGCCCGCCUUGCUCUCGCGGAGACACAUAUCAUUCAAGAGACAAAGGCUUACCUGGAACUU